GGGGCCUGUCCUGGACUUCGGCGUGGACAAGAAUUUCAUUUAUUCGUUGGGGGAGGAUUUGAACAUCCGGAUUUGGAGCCUUUCCGACUUGAAGCAGGUGGUCCUUAUCCCUGCAGACCAUAUUCAGGCUUCUGCACUGACUGGCCAAGAAGGGCAGGCCAUCCCUUUGAUGCUGCCUUCCUUGAAGGAGACUCCUCGUGAAAGUCCGCGAGGAGCCAGCCAGAGUCAUGACCCAACGUGCCUUCAGCUGUCUGCGCUGACAGCACUGAAGCGCCCUCUGUCAAGAUGGGCUGGCGCGCAGGCUUCAGCACGCAGCAAUGCCCAGACGGUGCCGCGUGGGGCACUAUUUGUGGCUGGAGUCAUGGCGCAGGGCCAAUCAGCAGCUGCAGAGAAUGCUGGCAUCUUGAUGGACUGCCGAGACAUGAGUGGAGCCUCAAUCCAUCACCAGUAUGCCAGUGACUUGCCAAUAGUGACCAUGGCCUACGGCCCCUGCGACAAUGGCCCGCUGAUCACGGCUGACAUGCGCGGGCUUUGCCGCAUUUGGGACUGCACGCCCAGGUUAAGAUGCUCGCAGCAGAUCGAGGCCGCCUACCUAGGCAGGUGGUGGGAGCCUGGUCGAUGGGGAAGCUUCAACUGGUCUCGUCAAGCCCAUGUGCUACAGCCAGUGCUGGCUCAACAGUCUCGAAAGCACGGUCUUCAGCAAAACCUAAGUGGCACGUAG